UUUCAAAUGAUUUUUGCACAGGAGAUGCUGAUCUUCUGAUGAUGGUGCAUCGACCAAAACAUGCACGUCUUUUUAAGCAGUGUGUGACAUUUGUUCAUAGAUAACAUUGACUUUUUUGGUCCUCAAGAAGGACACAUAGCAAUACAUACAAAACGGCCUAAAACAUAGACAAGCAUACUCAGAAUGGAUUUCUUGUACAUUAAGAGGAGUUUACUUAUUCAAAGCAUGUGUGGCUGUUGGGAAACAAUGUUUGCUCUAACAGGACAUGGGACGUCUAUACCUGCGUCCAGAGGGAAGUUGGCUCAAGUGCUUUAUCUUGGCUGUGUGAGAUUGUGAGGGCUUUGCGGGUCAGGUGUAUGACAAUCAUUUGCAUCUUAAGAGCCUUGUUUACUUUAUCUGUUGGUGCGCAGGAAACUUUUCUGAGAUAAACAAAGGUUUCUAUUCACAAGCUUCUGUAGGUUUAUAGUAUAUAAACCCAAAGGAUCUUGAGGAGUGGUGGAUCUCAACCCAUGUGCAGACAUAUUUCCAUAAGAAAACCUUCAAAUAUUUGUAUAAGCCUACACCCUUUACAUUAAAACAAUAUUUAGUAUAAAAACAGCAAAUAAUUGAAAAUGGCUGUUCACUCAUGUGUUUUAGGCCAUGUGUGCUGUGUUAGCAGUCUGUGUGCAAACUCUGCACCAUCUUCUCCAUUAUUUCAUUUCAUGGUUUGCCAUGGACACUAAUGUGUUCGGCUUUGACCCUGCCAUAAAAAAGUAGCAUCUGAAAACAUGUUUUUUUUGCAUGUGCACUAGUUAUGGGAGGGCGUGAGAUGACCAGACUAUGCUGGAUUAAUACGAAAAAAGAGUCGUUGAGUUCAUGUCAGGUCAGUGGAGCUAUUCUAACUAGACAUUAACCUCACGCACCAAAGUCCAUGUGCAGGAAAAGACAUAUUAGUAAUCUCACCUCAGGUCAGUACGCUCAGUGUAACAUCCUCAGCUCGUACAGGCAGACCUCCCUGAGACUCAUGGCUAUAGAGAAGAUGGAGAUGGGUGAAGUCGGGACGUCUCUUAUGUCCUUAGAGACUAAGCCUCCUCCAGCGAGACCUCCAAACAAAUUUGAGAGGUUAUUUCAGCCCUGCCUGGCCGAGUUGGUGGGAACUACUUUCUUUGUGUUCAUCGGGUGUGUGUCGGUGAUAGAGAAUGUGGAGUCUGCAGGGAGGCUUCAGCCGGCUCUGGUGCACGGGCUGGCUGUAGCCGUCAUGGUGGCCUGCAUGGCUGAAAUCAGUGGAUCCCAUUUCAACCCACCAUUCACCCUGGCCAUUUAUCUCUGUGGAGGGAUGGAGUUGAACAUGGUGGCUCCUUACCUUGUAUCGCAGUUGGUUGGAGGUGUGCUUGGAGCUGCUAUGGCAAAGGUGAUGACCUCCAGGGAAAACUUUUCCAAAGCCAGCGGGGCUGCGUUUGCUCUGCUGCAGACGGACAGUGAUAUUGGAGCCGCUGUGUUUGGAGAGGUUGCUAUGACCUGCCUCGUCACCAUGGUGGUGCUGCUGGGGGCCGUCAACACCACCACCAGAAGCCCUAUGGUGCCAUUUAUGGUGGGCUGCACUGUUAUCAUCAACAUUCUGGCUGGUGGAGAUAUUUCUGGCACAUGUCUGAACCCAGCCAGAGCCUUUGGUCCGGCCAUAGUGCACAACUACUGGGUUUAUCACUGGGUGUACUGGGUGGGUCCCAUCACUGGAGGCCUGAUUGCAGCAGUACUGGUUCGACUGCUACUUGGCGACAGGAAGAUUCGACUCAUUCUGAAAUGAGACUCAAGUCGGUAAAUCAUUAGGUGGAUUUAUCAUCUAAAGUCACAAUAUAACCCUUUUUUAUGUGCCACUGAUAUGCUUGAUAUGC